UGUCUGACUCUGGGGCCAGCACAAUGCUUCUGCUGUUCCAAGAGCUCCACUCCAAAUUACCUCAGCGAGAGCUUUUUCAUGGUGAAAGGUGCAGCCCUUUUCCUGCAGCAAGGAAACAGCUCCCAGGGCCAGCGAAGCCUCCAGCACCCUCACAAACAUGCAGGUGACUUGCCCCAGCACCUCCAGGUGAUGAUCAACCUCCUUCGCUGCGAGGACAGGAUCAAACUGGCCGUGCGGCUGGAGAGCGUGUGGGCCGACCGCGUGCGCUACAUGGUGGUGGUGUACAGCAGCGGCCGCCAGGACACCGAGGAGAACAUCCUGCUGGGUGUGGACUUCUCCAGCAAGGAGAGUAAGAGCUGCACUAUAGGGAUGGUUCUUCGCCUCUGGAGUGAUACCAAAAUCCAUCUGGAUGGGGAUGGUGGCUUCAGCGUGAGCACUGCAGGGAGGAUGCACAUCUUCAAGCCUGUGUCGGUGCAAGCCAUGUGGUCAGCUCUACAGAUCCUGCACAAAGCCUGUGAAGUCGCAAGGAGGUACAACUACUUCCCAGGUGGAGUGGCCUUAGUCUGGGCCACCUACUAUGAAAGCUGCAUCAGCUCUGACCAGAGCUGCAUCAACGAGUGGAAUGCCAUGCAGGACCUGGAGUCCACUCGCCCUGACUCCCCAGCACUCUUUGUUGACAAGCCCACGGAGAGGGAACGCACGGAACGGCUCAUUAAGGCCAAACUCCGGAGCAUCAUGACCAGCAAAGACCUGGAAAAUGUCACUUCCAAGGAGAUCCGAAAUGAGCUGGAGAAACACAUGAACUGCAACUUGAAGGAAUUCAAGGAGUUCAUAGAUAACGAAAUGCUGCUAAUCCUGGGUCAGAUGGACAAACCCUCUCUGAUUUUUGACCAUCUCUACCUGGGCUCCGAGUGGAAUGCCUCCAACCUCGAGGAGCUGCAGGGCUCAGGCAUCGACUACAUCCUGAACGUCACACGGGAGAUCGAUAACUUCUUCCCUGGGCUCUUCGCCUACCACAACAUCCGCGUGUACGACGAGGAGACCACGGACCUGCUGGCACACUGGAACGAGGCCUACCACUUCAUCAACAAGGCCAAGAAGAACCACUCCAAGUGCCUGGUGCACUGCAAGAUGGGGGUGAGUCGCUCUGCCUCCACUGUGAUUGCCUAUGCCAUGAAGGAGUUUGGGUGGUCCCUGGAGAAGGCCUACAACUACGUGAAGCAGAAGCGCAGCAUCGCGCGGCCCAACGCCGGCUUCAUGCGGCAGCUGCUGGAGUACCAGGGCAUCCUGGAUGCCAGCAAGCAGCGCCACAACAAGCUGUGGAAGCAGCAGGCAGACAGCAACCUGCCCCAGAACACUGAUGGCACCACAGGGUCGGGAGAUUUCCUCAUGGAGAGCUUGGACAUCGACCUGGAGAACCGCCUGGCUGACCUGGACAUGCCUUCCCAGUCGGCAUACCUGGACAACCGCGGCGACGUGUCCGUGGGCUUCGACUACUGCUUCCGGCGCCUGUCGGACACGCUGCUGGAGAACAAGAUCCCCACGGACAGGGAAGGGUUUUUCCACGUGGAGCAGCUGGAGGGGGAGCUGGAGCGUGGCGCC